AUGGCCUCGGAGGCGGACCUGCGCGCCCGACUGCAGCGCGCCGGCCAGCAGCACCUCCUGCGCUUCUGCGCCGAGCUGGCGCCGGAGCCCCGCGCCGCGCUGCUGGCCCAACUCGAGGCCCUGGAGCCCGAGGCGCUGCGCCAGCACUGCCAGCGCGCGGCUGCUGCCUGCGCGCGUCCCCCGGGCCCGCCGCCCGACCUGGCUGCGCGGCUGCAGCCCCUACCUCCUGAGCGCGUGGGCAGCGCGAGCGAGGGUGACCCGCAGACCCGGCGGCUCUGGGAGGAGGAAGGUCUCCAUCAGAUCGCCCUGAACAAGGUGGCCGUGCUGCUGCUGGCCGGUGGGCAGGGCACCCGCCUGGGCGUGACCUACCCCAAGGGCAUGUAUCAGGUGGGGCUGCCCAGCCAGAAGACCCUGUACCAGCUGCAGGCAGAGCGGAUCCGGCGGGUGGAGCAGCUGGCCGGCGAGCGCCACGGGACCCGCUGCACAGUGCCCUGGUACAUCAUGACCAGUGAGUUCACGCUGGGGCCCACGGCCAGGUUCUUCAAGGAGCAUGACUUUUUCCACUUGGAUCCCAACAACGUGAUCAUGUUUGAACAGCGCAUGCUGCCUGCUGUGACCUUCGAUGGCAGGGCCAUCCUGGAGAGGAAAGACAAGGUCGCCAUGGCGCCAGAUGGCAAUGGGGGCCUGUACAGCGCGCUGGAGGACCACCAGAUCCUAGAGGACAUGGAGCGGCGAGGAGUGGAGUUCGUGCACGUGUACUGUGUGGACAACAUCCUGGUGCGGCUGGCCGACCCGGUCUUCAUAGGCUUUUGCGUGCUGCGGGGCGCCGACUGCGGAGCCAAGGUGGUGGAGAAGGCAUAUCCUGAGGAGCCGGUGGGCGUGGUGUGCCAGGUGGACGGCGUGCCCCAGGUGGUGGAGUACAGCGAGAUCAGCCCCGAGGUGGCGCAGCUGCGCGCGCCAGGUGGGGGUCUGCUGUACAACGCAGGCAACAUCUGCAACCACUUCUUCACCCGAGACUUCCUCCGGAAGGUCACCAGGGAACUCGAGCACCUGCUGCAGCCACACGUGGCCGUGAAGAAGGUGCCCUGUGUGGACGAGCACGGGAACCCGGUGAAGCCGCUCCAGCCGAAUGGGAUCAAGAUGGAGAAGUUCGUGUUCGACGUGCUCCCGUUUGCCAAGAACUUCGUGGCCUUCCAAGUGCUGCGGGAGGAGGAGUUCUCCCCCCUCAAGAACGCCGACUCGGCCGACAGGGACAGCCCCUCCACGUCCCGGCGGGCCCUGCUCGCCCAGCACUGCCGGUGGGCCCUGCGGGCGGGCGCCCGCUUCCUGGACGUGCACGGGGCCCGGCUCCCCGAGCAGCCCAGCCUGCCUGGCAGCACGGAGCCUCCGGCCAUCUGUGAGAUCUCACCCUUGGUGUCAUACGCUGGAGAGGGGCUGGAGGAGUACCUGCGAGGUCGCGAGUUCCGGCCCCCGCUCAUCCUGGACGAGGCCAUGGCCAGGGAGCUGCAGCCCUGACCCCCGCCAACCCUGGGGCCCAAGGCUCAGGAUGCAGCCCCGCCUGGGCUCCGGGCAGGAGAGCUGCUCUGAGAUUCUGGCUGCAGACCGGGGAGCCCAGAAGGGAGCGGGCCCCCUCCACCAGGGUGGGAGGCCUCCCGCCACCUCGUCCCCGGGAGCCAGGUGACCCCAGGCCUGCGGGGCCCCUGGGGUGCUCUGGCUUCACUCCUGCUGUGGCAUCCAGGCUGGAGGCAGAGGGACUGAGGGCACUGGGGUGGGGCCAAGACGGGUGCGGAAGGAACUGAGAGGCGCACGGGCCCGUCAGCCGAGGGGGCUCCUGGGCCCCUGCACACCCGUCUGGCGGGAGCAGCAGCAGCCACGCUGUGCUUUUCUGCAGAGAUGAGGGGACGGCAGUGCCUGCAGGGCUCCAUGUCGGGAGGGACAGCUGAGCCUGUGGGUCACACCCUGGCACGCCUUCCCUGCCGGCUGAGGCCCACAGCAGCUCCGGAGCUGGCUCUCUGGGAAGCUUGGCCUGAAUGCUUGGCGGGGUUCUCUCAAGUUCCGUCCAAGGCCUCAGCCCCCAGAAAACAGUGGAACCCAUGGAGGGUGCCCCACCUCGCCGCCACCCCAUGCUUAUAGGGAGCUUCUGACAACUCAGUGCUCACACUCCUUCCCCCCACAGCCCCUCACUGCACACCCCCAGCCUGCUCAAGGCGGGGAGAAGCCGGCUGGCUCUGGUCUCGGGCCCUGCCUGCUUCCCGCCUGGAGAGCAGCACGGGGCACCUGCCCCCUCCUCCUGUGAAGAGCGUCCUAAGUGCGGCCGCAGCU